CACACAACAAACGGCUGUAUUCACACUGACUGGGGUUCAGUGAAGUAAACAUUGCUGCAUUGUUAAGCCCGUUUGUGUGAACGCAGGGUGGUGUACAUGUUGCUGACCCGGGGGGGGUCAGCUGCUUUUACCCGGGGUACAUUCACACUUUAAACUGUAAACAGGAACAUGGAAGCACUCUCACCAGAAACGAUGAGCGUUACUCCGACCGGAGUCCCCGACCUCGGAGCUUCUCCUCAAGCCGGAUGCCGUCUUUCCCUCCGAGCGUGAAAAAACAAAAAGCACCGACUGCUUCUUCUUCUUCUUCUUCUUCUUUGUGGUUUCCGUGUGGUGGUUUCUAGUCUCAGGUCUCCGGUGUCGCUUAUAUCCACGGGCUUUUAACGUCCGGUAGCAUGCCUGCGUUUACAAGCGUUCAAGUUUUUACUCUCGGGGAGAAAAUAGAAAGCGUUGGACGAGGUUUUUCGUGUCGGGUUCGAGACCAUGGCAGUGUGAGAGACGAUGGUGAUUACUGGUUGAUCUCUCUGCCUGCUGACGCUGCCACCAAACACCACACAGCCGUGUCAUCAUCAGGGUGUCAGCCGGGAAACAGCGCCGCUCCCAGGCGACUGAGGAGAGGCAGUGAGGCUGUCUGUGUAACCCCACAGCGCCCCUUACUGGAGGAUAUACUGGACACAUAAAUAUACAACCACAUACUUUAAAGUUUACAUGACAGUGUCCCUGGAGGCCGAUGCUGCAGCUGUGCCUGGCAGCUCAGGCAGCACCAAAGACCCACAAGGUCCAAUGAAGAGGAUUUUCAUGAAGGAGGCUGAUGCCUCAAACUUCUUCAGGAAACGCAGCAGACGAGGGGCCAAGUCUCAGGAUGAGAUCAACGCUGAGCAGAGACAGAUCCUGGCUGCAGACGAGAGAAAGAGAGAGUUUCAUGAGGAGAAGAGGAAUGAGUUUGAGAGCUAUGCUGAGGAGGAGAACGAUGAGCAAGACGAGAGGACCAGAGAGAGCACAGAGCAGUGGAGGGAGUUUCACUACGAUGGGAUGCAUCCUCCCCAGGAGUACAACCGUCACUCCAUCUGAGACAUAGAGGAGAGAAGUGAUGCUGUGAGCUGAAAGAAUAUUAUGCUUUAAAAAAUUACAACUUAAGCUGUAGAAUGAAACUUUAAUCUUAAGACCAUCAAACCUUGGCUGCGUUAGAGAACAGAAAUAUCAGCCACAUUAAACCCUUGUGUCGGGUUGGAUUACAUAAAGUUCUUGACAUUACAGUCACCAUUGAAAUGUGAGGAAAGCAUUCAUAAUUGUAUAUCAAGAGUAUAUGAUACUAACUGAUAAUAUUCAUUAACAUCAUUUUAACAACAGUGUUUUGAUUUCUGAACUUAUUAAAGGCCAUCCAAGGGAAAGGAGACCUUUGCCUUAGACGCCUCCAGGGCUUCUACAUUUUAUGAAUGUGAAGAACCCAGAAAGGACCAUGAAACUUUGUUACUGUUUAAAAGGAAAUUUUUUAUUUUUUAUGGGCUACAGAUAAAUCUUGUAAUGUAAGAAAACAUAAAAAGAUACAAAUGUGACAAUUUCUUACCAUACAAGACGACUUCAUCGUUAUAGAGAAGAAAAUGUGUUAAGAUUUAAUGGUUUUCCUUUAAAAUUAACUCAACAAAUCAUCAAUUCACACACGUUGAAUGUGACGUUUCUGAUAAGUAAUGUUCAUGAAAGCCCAUAAAGGAUUCUGAAAGAUGUCUUAUAAACUCCAGUAACUCAAAUACAAAAUUACUGAUAUUGGAUUACUGGAGUUUAGUAAUAAAGUUAAGAAAGGCAUGCAUUGAAUGGAUUGGAGUAAAUAUUGUUUGCCGUUACUGAAGACCAAAGUGUCCUAGUUAUACUAUAUGUGGAAUGUUUUUUCUUAACACAUUAACAUAGAUAAUGUAAAUAUACUGUAUUCAAGCAUAUUAACAUACUUACAUGUGUUUGAUGCCAUGAUUAACAUGAUUAAAUAUAUAUAUUUAGAACUACUUUGGAUGCAGAAUUGUACUAACUUUCUGUCAAAGAAGCAACAACCAGGCAAACGAGCCCCUUUUUUUAAUACAUGAAUCUCUACAAAUCCAAAGCACAUUUCUUUAACAAUAUGUAAUACAUGCUUAUUGAGGGGAAUUCAAUGCUUUAUAUUUUGCUUUCUGUGGGUGUUUUUUGGAGGGGUGGAAAAAAAACAGGGAAGACAAAAAUAAAUACUUAAGACCAAA